GGAGGCUCUUCCCGUUUUCUCCCGCCGCAGAGUCUCUCGCGGCCCCGCGCGCUCCGCAGCCUCGCUUUCGCCGCCGCCCACCGGGAGGACGGGUCAGGCCUGCCAGACUCAGUCGUGUGCUGAUGGAAGGGACAGAGGCCCGACAGCGGAGGCUGGAAGGCUGUGGCAGACCAGACGGGCUGGGGCUGCCACCUGCCCAGGGCACAGGAACACUCCCAGAGGCCUCCGAAGAUGGACAUCUGGGGGUCUUCGAGAUCCAGAAGGCGUCCCCCAAACCACUGGAGCCUGAGCCCAGCAGGGAGACCACGGUGACCAUUGGCCUCCAGGUGGCAGUGCCCUUUUUGGUUGCUGGCCUGGGCCUGUCCUGGGCUGGCUUGCUCUUGAACUACUUCCAGCACUGGCCCGUGUUUGUGGAGGUCAAAGACCUCUUGACAUUGGUGCAGCCGCUGGUGGGCCUGAAAGGAAACCUGGAGAUGACGCUGGCGUCACGGCUCUCAACAGCUGCCAACACAGGGCAAAUGGACGACCCCCAGGUGAAGCGGAGAGUCACCAGUAGCAACCUCGCCGUAGUUCAGGUACAAGCCACUGUCGUGGGGUUCCUGGCUGCCAUGGUGGCCCUGCUUCUGGGAUUGAUGUCCAAGGAGGAGUUGGACUUUGCCAAGGUGUCUUUGUUGUGUGCCAGCAGCAUCUUCACUGCCUUCUUUGCAGCCUUUGCCCUUGGGGUGCUGAUGGUCUUCAUAGUGAUUGGCUCUCGGAAGUUCGGGGUCAACCCAGAUAACAUCGCCACACCCAUCGCAGCCAGCCUGGGAGACCUGAUGGCGCUGUCCCUUCUGGCUUUGGUUAGCAGCUUCUUCUAUAGACACAAAGACAGCUGGUAUCUGGCACCGCUGGUGUGCAUCGGCUUCCUGGCUCUGACCCCGCUGUGGGUUCUCAUCGCCAAGCAGAACCCCCCCAUCAUGAAGAUCCUGAAGAUCGGGUGGCUUCCCAUCAUACUGGCCAUGACCAUUAGCAGCUUUGGAGGCCUCAUCCUGAGAAAGACCAUUUCUCAACAGCGAUACAAAGGCAUGGCCGUCCUGACUCCGGUCAUAUGUGGUGUCGGUGGUAACCUGGUGGCCAUUCAGACCAGCCGUAUCUCCACCUUCCUGCAUAUGUGGAGCACCCCCGGGGUCCUGCCCCUCCAGAUGAAAAAGUUCUGUCCGAACCCAUGUUCCACUUUCUGCACCUCAGAAGUGAACUCUGUGUCAGCCCGAGUCCUGCUCUUUCUGCUGAUCCCAGGCCAUCUGAUUUUCUUCUACAUCAUCUUCCUGGUGGAAGGCCAUUCAGUGACAAACAGCAAGUCCUUCCUGGUGUUUUAUCUGCUGGCGUGCCUGAUCCAGGUGAUAAUCCUACUGUACCUGGCAGAAGUGUUGGUUCGUCUGAUCUGGCACCGGUCCCUGGAUCCUGACAACCAUUGUAUCCCCUACCUCACAGGGCUGGGGGACCUGCUGGGCACUGGCCUCCUGGCACUCUGCUUCUUCCUCGAUGAACUCCUGGGGAGCAAAGCAGAGCUGGCUGGCCUCUCAGAACUGGCCUCCGUGCCUCCCUGACCGAGCCCAGCCAGAUGCGGCUCGCAGUGGAACUUCCUUACACCGACGGGGUCCAUGGUGGAGUCUGCUGUUGUUUAGGCCUUGGGCUGGUUGCCAGCCUGCCUCUGUGGUGGCCUUGUCAAUGUGCCAAAGUGCCCACACACCUUGACUCUGGAGCUGAUCGAUAAGUUCAAGACAGCCCUAAAAUAAACAGGAACUUUGCUUGCGAGUGUGUGUGCACCUGGAAUGCAUGUGGAUGUGCCUACACGUGUGUGGAGGGCAGCUGUUCCGAGCUGAGCAAGAGGCAUGCUGACCAGCCGAACCUGGAUUAGAUGGAGCCAGCUGGGGCCCCUUUGUGUUCCCAGGUCUCAGGACUGCUGCCAUCACUGGACUCCGCUCGCUGGGCUGUGCUGCUGUUACCCACCACAAAUGUGCACCCCUCCCUGGGCCGGCCCCAGUCCCCCUCACCUGUUCCACAAUUUAAUCUUCUUGCUGCUUUCGUUUUAUUUCCCUAUUGUUUUUUCACAGAGCCCUCUGUUUAGGCUUCAGCAAUGAGACAAGUAAUAAAUAAAGCACAGAUGAGACCGUG